AUGGAGUUUCCGGAAGAAAUUUCUCAGGCUGACGAAGUGAACAUGUUUGACGCCGAAUUGAAAACAAUUGAUAAAACUAAAAGUUCAGAAGAUGCCAAUGGUUCAGCGACGCCACCAGUCUCUACAGAGUUCGCCACCGACUACGAUGCUAUCGGGGAGCAAUCCGACGAUUUGUCUGACAAUUUGUCUAAUACUAAUACUAAUGAUCUUGACGAUUUGCCUGCGUCCUAUUCAUACGACGAUCGCUCCUUUUAUGGAUUGUCUAAAUUUUCCAAGUUUCGCGAUAGCAAAUUUAUCCCAAAUUUGUAUCGAUUGAUCGAGCUACGUUCUGAUACAAGCACAAAUGGAACAGUGGAUAAAGCUAUUAUCCACCCAACAGAUUUGGGAAACCUGUGCAAUGCAUUGGCUCCCGAAAGUUAUCAUUCUAUCGCCGAUAUACGCUUUGAGAAAUUAGGGAAAGAACAUCUCGAUCUU